AUGAAGAAAAUGAUGGUAGUGAAGAUGGAUAUCAGUGAUGAGAAAUUCAAACUGAAGGCCAUGAAAUCUGUUUCGGGUUUCACAGGGGUUGAUUCAAUAUCAUGGGAUAUGAAAGAAGCACAGAAGAAACUGAAAAUAACUGGAGAUAUUGAUCCUGUUGAUAUUGUAACCAAAUUAAGAAAGCAUUCUCAUGCAGAAUUACUACUAGUUGGUCCAGCAGAAGAACCAGAGAAGAAAAAAGAACCAGAUGAGAAGAAAAAAGAACCGAAAAAAGAAGAAGCCAAGAAGAAAGAAGAACCAAAAAGACACUACUGCUACUGCCGCCCUUACGCUAAUGAAAGCCCUAAUACUUAUUGGAGAAAUAACGGUUAUCAUUGGGAAUUAGCUUAUUGA